AUGGGAUUCUUGCACAAGCUUUGGGAUGAAACUUUGGCUGGUCCUGCACCGGAAAAUGGUCUCGGGAAGUUGAGAAUUCACAUUUCCGGCAAAAAUGUUACAAGAAAUGGUCACCACAAGAAGAUGGUGGAUCCUGGUCGUGUCCCGGAUUCUCCCGUCGGGUCAAGCAACCCCGGUUCUCCUUUGACCCCUGGAACACCACCAAGUGAAACGCAUGCCACAAGUCUCAAUGCUUGCGAUUGGAUUGUGCUAAACGCGUUGGACCGUUGA